AUGGAGCCAGGAAAUGACACACAAAUUGCAGAAUUUCUUCUUGGAGGAUUUUCUGAAGAACCAGAAUUGCAACCCUUCCUCUUUGGGCUGUUCCUCUCCAUGUACCUGAUCACUGUGAUUGGAAACCUGCUCAUCAUCCUGGCCAUCAUCUCAGACUCCCACCUGCACACCCCCAUGUACUUCUUCCUCUCCAAUCUUUCCUUUUAUGACAUCUGUCUCACCUCCCCCACCAUCCCAAAGAUGUUGGUGAACAUCCAGACAUGGAGCAAGGUCAUCAUCUAUGCAGGUUGCAUCACCCAGACAUGCAUUUUCAUACUUUUUGGAGGGUUGGAAAACUUCCUUUUGGCUGUGAUGGCCUAUGACCACUAUGUGGCCAUCUGUCAUCCCCGGCAUUACAUGGUCAUUAUGAACCCCAGGCUCUGUGUGUUGCUGGUUCUGUUGUCCUGGUUCAUAAGUGUCCUGAAUUCACUAUCAAAUAGUUUAAUGGCAUUGCGGCUGUCCUUCUGUACACAUGUGGAAAUCCCUCACUUUUUCUGUGAACUUAAUCAGCUGAUCCACCUAGCCUUCUCCAACACUUUAAUUAAUGACAUAGUGCUUUAUUUUGCAGCUGGGGUGCUGGCUGGUAGUCCCUUUACUGGGAUCCUUUACUCUUACUCUAAGAUAGUUUCCUCCAUUUGUGCAAUCUCAUCAGCUCAGGGGAAGCACAAAGCAUUUUCCAACUGUGCCUCUCACCUCUUAGUUGUCUCCUUAUUUUAUUGCACAAUCCUAGGCGUGUACCUUAGUGCUGGUGCCACCCACAACUCACACUCAAGUGCAACAGCCUCGGUGAUGUACACUGUGGUCACUCCCAUGCUGAACCCCUUCAUCUACAGUCUGAGGAAUAAAGAUAUAAAGAGGGCUCUGAGAAGAUAUUUAGGAGGGAAGCUAUAA